CCUAGAGCCUCGCGGGCCGCAUCCGCCCUUCGCCGCCAGCAUGUUCGGCCGCUCCCGCAGCUGGGUGGGCGGCGGGCACGGGAAGGCCGCCCGCAGCAUCCACUCCUUGGAUCACCUCAAGUACAUGUAUCAUGUUUUGACCAAAAAUACAACAGUAACAGAUCACAACCGCAAUCUACUGGUGGAGACUAUUCGUUCUAUAACAGAGAUCCUUAUAUGGGGGGAUCAGAAUGACAGUUCAGUAUUUGAUUUUUUCUUGGAGAAGAAUAUGUUUGUGUUCUUCUUGAACAUCCUCCGUCAGAAGUCUGGUCGUUACGUGUGCGUACAGCUGCUGCAGACCUUGAACAUCCUUUUUGAAAACAUCAGUCAUGAAACAUCACUGUACUACCUGCUUUCUAAUAACUAUGUGAAUUCUAUUAUUGUACACAAAUUUGACUUUUCUGAUGAGGAGAUCAUGGCAUAUUACAUAUCAUUUUUGAAAACUCUUUCUCUGAAACUCAAUAAUCAUACUGUACAUUUCUUUUAUAAUGAGCACACUAAUGACUUUGCUUUGUAUACAGAAGCUAUAAAAUUUUUUAACCACCCAGAAAGCAUGGUCAGAAUUGCUGUUAGGACUAUAACUUUAAAUGUCUACAAAGUGGACAACCAGCCAAUGCUGCAUUACAUUAGAGAUAAAACUGCUGUCCCUUAUUUCUCCAACCUUGUUUGGUUUAUUGGAAGUCACGUGAUAGAACUGGAUAACUGUGUGCAGACUGAUGAAGAGCAUAGAAAUAGAGGCAAACUGAGUGACCUGGUAGCAGAACAUCUUGAUCACUUACAUUACCUUAAUGAUAUCCUUAUCAUUAACUGUGAAUUUUUAAAUGAUGUGCUAACAGACCACCUCCUUAAUAGGCUCUUUCUUCCCCUCUAUGUGUAUUCAUUAGUAAAUCAAGAUAAGGGUGGGGAGCGUCCAAAAAUAAGUCUCCAAGUUUCUCUCUAUCUUCUUUCUCAAGUUUUCCUAAUUAUACAUUAUGCACCUUUGGUGAACUCAUUGGCUGAGGUUAUUCUUAAUGGUGACCUGUCAGUGUUUUCUUCUAAAGUUGAGCAAGAUACUCAGAAAAAUUCAGCAAAGUCAAGUAUCAGAUGUUUCAUAAAACCAACAGAAAGUCUUGAGAGGUCUCUUGAAAUUAACAAACAGAAGGGGAAGAAGAGAUUGCAGAAAAGACCCAACUAUAAAAAUGUUGGUGAAGAAGAUGAAGAGGAGAGAGGAUCUGAGGAUUCUCAAGAUGACCUAGAUAAAACUAAAGGUACAGAAGGGAGUUCAAAGGGCAUCAGAACAAGCAGUGAAAAUGAAGAAAUAGAGAUGGUAAUCAUGGAGAGAUGUAAACUGUCAGAAUUAUCUAUCUCUACUGUGACAGAACAGAAUACAACAGAUGAAGAAAAGAGUGCAGCUGCCUCUGGAAGUGAGAUAACAAACUGGAAUAGGCCUUUUCUUGAUAUGGUCUAUAAUGCACUGGACUGUGCUGAAGAUGAUUACUAUGCUCUCUUUGUGCUCUGUCUUCUUUAUGCCAUGUCGCAUAAUAAAGGAAUUGACCCAAUCAAGCUGGACAGAAUUCAACUUCCAGCUCAACAUGGCGAAGAGAGAAAUUCAUAUAAUCAUGUACUUGCAGAGGGGCUCAUCAGGAUAAUGAAUUAUGCUGCACAACCAGAUGGAAAAAUCCGUUUGGCAACAUUAGAACUUGGCUGUCUGUUGCUUAAGCAACUUGUAUUUUCUAAAAAUGGCAGUAUCAUAAAAGAUGUUCACCUUGCUUGCCUUGAGGGUGCAAGGGAAGAAAGUGUUCAUCUUCUGCGACGUUUUUACAAGGGAGAAGAAAUUUUUCUGGAUAUGUUUGAAGAUGAAUACAGGAGUAUGACAAUGAAACCCAUGAAUGUCGAGUACUUGAUGAUGGAUGCUUCCAUUCUGUUGCCUCCAACGGGGACACCACUGACUGGUAUUGAUUUUGUGAAAAGAUUGCCCUGUGGAGACGUGGAAAGGACACGAAGAGCAAUCAGAGUUUUCUUUAUGCUCCGUUCACUGUCGCUGCACCUGCGAGAUGAGCCAGAAACUCAGUUACCACUGACAAGGGAGGAAGAUCUAAUAAAGACAGAUGAUGUUCUUGACUUGAAUAACAGUGAUCUAAUUGCUUGUACAGUAAUAACAAAAGAUGGAGGUCAGGUUCAAAGAUUCCUAGCUGUGGAUAUUUACCAGAUGAGUUUGGUUGAGCCAGACAUUGCCAGACUUGGCUGGGGAGUUGUUAAGUUUGCAGGCCUUUUGCAGGAUAUGCAGGUAACAGGAGUAGAAGAUGAUAGUAGGGCUCUGAACAUAAUAAUUCAUAAACCUGCUUCUAGUCCUCAUUCCAAGCCCUUUCCUAUCCUUCAAGCUACGUUUAUUUUUUCUGAUCACAUUCGCUGUAUUAUUGCAAAACAGCGUCUUGCUAAAGGUCGUAUCCAGGCUCGGCGUAUGAAAAUGCAGAGAAUAGCAGCUCUCCUGGAUCUUCCUGUUCAGCCUUCAAGUGAAGUUAUGGGUUUUGGACACAGCUCUGCAGCUACAUCACAACACCUUCCAUUUAGAUUUUAUGAUCAGUCACGACGUGGCAGCAGUGAUCCUACCGUGCAACGGUCUGUUUUUGCCUCUGUUGACAAAGUUCCAGGAUUUGCUGUAGCCCAGUGUAUAAAUCAGCAUAAUCCAUCACCACUCUCAUCACCAUCUCCUUCAAGCGGCAGUGGAAGCACAGGGCGCUGUGAUUCAGUGACUGCAAGCUCAACUUCCACUCCUUCUGCUGCACAGAGCCCAUCAGAUCUGGCAGGAAAGGACGACGGCGGGUGUUUAGUCUGUCGGAGGCUGACAGUCACGGUGGACACUGGGUUUAGGUCUUCAAGCAGCAGCUGCAACCGAAACUCACGCAAUAUCAAUUCAGAUGACUCUUCAGCUCCAGAGCAGCCUCAAAUGACCAUUUCUGGUCAGAUGAUGUUGAUUGAUGAAACUCUUUCAGCUGUCUCAAAGUCUAGCAAGAAUCCUGUAAAAAACAGUGACGUAGAAACAGCAAACCUGUCCCCUAGCCUGAUUCCUGCACAGCAGCCCACAAUAUCAUUAAUAUCGGAUGACAAUACAGAUGCACUAAGCGUAGAGUCGCUUACAUUGGUCCCACCAGUUGAUUCACACAGCAUUCGUACAUUCAGCUACAUUCCUCAGUCCUCUUUGCAAUCUGAAGUUGAAGUUUGCAAGGUAAAGGAAAGAGAGGAAGAAUGUUCUGACUGAAGUCAACCUUUAGACUGUGAUAAACGGUGAAGCAAAUGCAACCAAUUUUUCGUCAUUUUUUGGGGGGCAAGUGCAGGUGGUACUUGAACCAUUAGAGGCCGGCUGGUCCAGAAGAAGAGGCCCCUGAUGAAAGAGAAUAUUGGCAGCUUUAUAAAUAAACAUCAGAUGUUCAGCAUAUUUAAACUGCGAGGGGGGGUGGGACGGACAACCUGUUUUGAAUCUGGACUGGGUGUUUCCACAUCCAUUUCUGUAAUACAAGAACAUGAAAGUAUUUCAGAGCACCUGCUUUUUUUUAAAUACAGUUCCAGCUGCAGGAACUAGGUUAGCUGUAAAAGCUCUACAGUAUUAUGGAGAAGUGAAGAAAUUUUGGGAUACCUGGCUUCAGGAUAUUGAAUCAUUAUUUCUUUGAAACUGGAGACAUGCCAUUGACAAGGGAAAAGGUAUAUAUUAUAGUACAGAUGUAUCAUUUUCAUUUGAGACAAGCUUUUUUAAUAUUGAUCUCAUUCAGCUUUUGGAGGUCUGCAUGAUAACAGCAGGCUUGGCCACUUUCAGUGUUGUCUUUGUACGACUCAACUUCCAUAUUGUAUUCUCCAUGUGUAGUAUUUAUUUCAAGGUUUGAUUCAAAGCAAGAUAUAUAUCUAUUUUUCUUUUUUUUCUUUUUUUUUUUUUUCCUUUCUUUUUAAAGGUAAAAGCCUGAAACUUAAAAAGGCUUAUUCAGGUUAACAUAAGGGAUUUUAAAGACUUCCUUAGUCUUUGCUUAACCAUCUGCAGAGGAAUGUAAAAUAUUUUAAGAGAUUGCUAUAGCUUGUUUGUUCACUUUUGACAGUCAAAUUGCUACUCAUCUGAGGAAUGAAGAAAUCCAUUUUACUGAAGGACAAUUUUUAGAAGCAGACAAACAGUUGAAAGAGUGAUUUGUUUUUUGCUUGUUGCUGUGUUUUAAUUUUUCAUCUUCACGUAAGAGGAGGGUCACCGCACCUAACUGGUAACUCCAAGUAUGAAACACAAGGGAAGGGUUUUUUUCUAUCUGGGAUAGUAUCACUGUGUUUUAAAAAAGAAGAAGUUAAAUGGAAUUGCUACAUAAAAGUGAUUCUGAUCUUAUGCUUGCCUUACUUUGCCUCAUAGAUUCUGAUACUGAGAUGACAAAGUAAUGGAAAAGCUUUGAUUAAAGUUUGGCAUGUUUCUUGCUGACUUGAUUCAUAACAUGAAUGGGGUUUAAGCUUUUUCAUCAGUUUCUGUGUGUGUUAAUUUAAAUUAGUAAUAAGAUGAGCAGAAUGUUAUUGCAUAGCAUUAUCAAAUGCUCUGUGGUUCUCAAAGGUUAAAGACUACUAUUUGCUUUACGUGGUAGUGUGAUUUCAGUCAUCAGUGCAGUCUGUUUCCUGAUUCUGUCUCCACUUGCAUUGACCUGAUAUCAAAUAGGUAAAUCUGAAAAAUUUUUACUUCCAGUUUCCAUUCUCUGUUUCUGGCUGACAGAAUAGCUGAACUGACUUUAAUUAUAUUUAUAUCUGAGACUGAAUCAUCCAAAGGUAUAACUUUGCUCACUUUUUCAAUCUUAGUUUAGUUACUUAAUCAUUGCAAAACAUGUAUAUAGAAGAUGUUUGCUAAAGAAAGCCAGUGAAUUUUUCUCCUUUCAGCUUUUGCAUGCUAUUUUUUUGAUUUCCAGUGUUCUGUGGCUUCUAGUUUGCAUCAAAUCAAAUUAACCAAUUUUGUGACCAUUUCAGAUAUACUCAGACUCUAAAUGAAAUCUGAGAAUUAGGCAUCUUUAUCACUACUGUGGAUGUGGGAUAAGAAUUUGGCCUUACAGCUGGAAUGAGCCUACCUUUUUUUGUUGUAUGCUUUGGGUAAGUUUACGCUGCAGUCACUGUUGGUAACUGAUAUAGAUGUACAUGAACAAGCCUAGGCAUCACUAGCAGUUUGACCACAGGGAGUAAAGUAAAUUUUUAUUAGCUGAAGUGAUUGCAGACUACACUUUAAGACGUGGCAAUAUUACAUUGAGGCCCACUAAUAUCUUUAAAAAAUUAUAAAAAAAAGGGUACUGUAGUUAAUUUGAAAACAUUUUAUGUUAGUUAUUAGCCUUGAUUCUUGGCUUGGAUUAUAGAAAAUGCCACUGUGCAGUCUGAGAUCUCUUAAACAGAAUUAAUUUUAGACAAGAAAAACCUUGAUCUUUAUCUAAUUUAAAAUUCAAUUCUAGCAAAAUUAGGGCUAUGCAUAAAGAGACUUUUUAAUGGGCAUGCAUAAUCACACUCUUGAGCCAUACUGCACAACAAAUGGGCCAUUGGGGAAAGAAAGCUGACUCUAGUUUGUGUUCUUUGUUAACCUGGGGUGGCUUUUAAAUCUCAUGACCAAUUAUCUACUGAGCUCUCCACGGCAAAGGGCUGAGAGAAAUAGAUACUGCUUUUAAGAAAAUAGAAGACUAGAUCUACUGUGAAAGCCACUCCUGGAAGACCUCUGUGGGACAAGGGGUGGUGAAGUUGGAUAUCUGUCAACAGGUCUGGCAAAAGCUCUCUGCAGAUGUGCAGUUGCAGUAGGAAAAGUCUAGCCAGCUCUACCAAUAUUGUGCUGUUAUGUAAAAAGUAACAAAGUGUGUAGACAACCUAAAUUUCUGAAGGAUUGUGUAAUGGAAGCAAUUACUUUAUCUGUUUCUAAUAUUAAGAUAUAUGUGUAUAAAAUUUGACCAUGCUUCAUGCUGCAGUAAGAGAUCAGGAUGUAAAAGCUCUGGAGAUGCUGAAAUGUCUGUCAUCUGGCAAUCUUUUAUCUCUCUAGAGCUAUGAUGUUACUCAUCUACAAUUCCUUGAAGAGUAUCAUAUUUAUCUCUCUCUUAUCAGAAAAAAAAUCAAGGGUUGUUUCCUUACCUCCCCCUUUCACUGUAAAAAGGAAAUUCAACCAAGAAAGCAUUAGCACAUCAGCCACAAAUUUAACUUUUUUCUAAAUGUUGAUUUGAAUCAGCGUAACAUCACUUUUUAACCAAAUCUAGAUACCAAGUUGCAAAUGACAAGAACAACUAAACAACUGACCAUUCAUAAGGCUCAGUAUUUCGGUGUAAUAACACAGAGGGAAGGUGAGGAAACUAGAAUCACUUUAAAAAUAGAUGUAGAAUUGGUCCACAGCAGAAUCCUGGAAUUUGGUGUGAGAUGCUAAAUUCUCAGUCUUUGUAAAGACUCUGCUCAUCUUCAGCCACGUCCUGUGGCUUUGCUGAAUAUUAAUGUUAAAUAGUUCUAUUAUUCCUGUUGUUUUGAGACAAGCCAAAGAAGCCAAGGCAUACUGAUUAUUAUUUUACUAUUUUCUGAUCUAUGCCUCCUCUGUUUAUCAAAUUUUACAAAUAUAUUAUGUUUUCAGACAGAACUGUGGUGUCUUCACAGACCUUGUACAUCUUGCUUCCUCUUUCUUUCCUCUUUGUUUCUCUCUCAUCCAGUGUACAACGCUGGAUGUCACUUGAGCUUUUCUCUCUUGGAGAGUAAUGCUAGCAUAUAUUUGGUAAUCUGCUAAAGAGGGGAAAAAAGCACCUAAUUCUAAUGUCUGCCUCAUUAGUGAAGUAAUACUUGCAGUAUAAAAUUUGUGUAAGAAUUUGGGGGAUUUCUUUUUUUUUUUUCUUUUUAAUAUUGAAAGAAACCAGACAUUGUUUCCUAUACUACAUUUUAUAGGCUAUGUGGAUUAAACCAGAUUAAUUAGAAACUUGAUCGUAUGUGUCCCUCCUGGAGCCUAUAUUUGCAUGUGAAGUAAUGAAUUGUCUACAGUGUAAGGACUGAGGUCAUUCAUAUUCUGCACUGCUAACUUGUGAUAAAUUCCAAUUCUGACUUUUGUUUCUUAAAUUAAGCUGAGGUUGUGUGUGUGUGUAAUUACACCUGUUAAACGCCUCAGCAUUCUUUGCUUUAUAACAUGGAAUUUCCUUUCAAAUCAUAUAGCGAGAAAAAAAAUAUGGCUAUCUUAGAGUGAAUUUUACUUUUUUGAAAUACUACUGCUAAAGUAUAGCUAUGUGACAGUUUAUAAUCCUUUCUUCCUUAUCCAGAAUAUGACUUGAAUCUGAAUUAGUGCUCAGUGUCCAGUGAUUCAUGUGUAGCCUUCACCCAACAAUGACAGAAUACAGGUGAGGGAAAAAAAGAGUUUCUCUAUGCAUUUAAAGUAUUCUUGUUGUGGGCAGAAUUUUAAAAUAGAAAGUUCAAAUAGUUUAGUUACAGCAAAAUCAGCAAUACUCAGCAGGACUUCAGUUACUGUGAUUUUUCUGAUUAAACAUUAAGACAUGAGUAACUAACUUCCACAUUUACAGCAAGUGUGUUGGAUGAUUACUUGAACCAAUCUAGAAAUUCAAUAAUUUUCCUAUUAGCAAAAUUAUAGGGCAUGUUUUUUUCAUGAAGUACAUGAAACUGUUAAAACUAUAUGCUUAGACAUAGGUAAGCAUCAGAUAAUCAGAUGAAACUUUAUGUAAAAGUAUGAAGCCACUUCAUAAAAGUAAACACUAAUCACAAUGUGUUGUUUGUGCUCUAGUCACUUUUUUUUUUGCACAGAUAUUAUAGGUAAAUGACUACAGAAUAGCCUGAUGAAUAAUUUUACAAAUCAGUAUGCACUUCUUUUCCAAAAGGUGGGUAUGCAAAACAUUCUGAUAUUGACUUCACUAGCCAGCAUAAGUUUAAUGGUGAGUUGCUUUUAAAUGAACAUUGCACAAGCAGAUGUCUAGAAAGCUAAACCUAUUAGUCAUAUGGUUGAAUGAAAGAUAUGGAAAGAGACAUGGAAUGGGGCAGCAGUGAGAUCUGGGCAUUGUGCCUCAGCGAUCAGUCUCCUUGAUGAAUCUCCUACUCAUUUUCAGACAACCAAACCUUGAGUGUCUAAAUACAUGGUUUGUUUAAAAUCCUCUUCCUAACAAUUAUCCUUAAAGGAGCUUCUUGGCACUGUCACUGCUUGACCAUCACUGCCGUACCCUAGGGUAUCACUAGCCUAGACGCUGCACAUCUAUUUUCUAGAAGUCUUUUUAGCAGGAUGACUGUCUUGUCUUGCCUGUUUUGUUGCUCUUAUCUUUACCCACAUUUUAGCACGAAUUAUAAUUCUUACUGUCUCUUUUUAGCUCCUGAAAAACAGGUGGUUACCCAAGCAGGACUUGAUAGGGUGUGGGCUUUUUUGGGGAGAGGGGGAGCAGUGCUUAUUUUUCUGUUGCUCAGCAUUUUUGAUGAAUAGCUGAGGCACAGGGGACAUGCAGUGCUGCACUGAAUCUCAGUCAAAAGGUUCUUUCAUAUGGAAACAUAUUUUUAUAUUAUAUAGAAUUGCCCCUAUUUUGAGCUCCCAAUAUUUUUAAAGAUCUGCAGGUUGCUCAGAUUCGAUUCCUUUGAAAGAUGUUAUAAAGUAUGUAUUUUGUUUGCUAAUGUAUUACAAAUGUAAAACUAAACUUUCCUUGUCUAAUAAAUAUACAUUGUGGAGGUACUAGUUUUAUUUGCUAACUUGAAUUGAUUGGUUUUUAAUGAAUAGAAAAAGCAUAAUUUAUCAUUUAUGCUAAUAAGAUAGUCACAAUAAUGAAGGUGAGAAGCGCUUUUUUUAAUUAAAGUAACUACACAGGGCUUAAGAAGCAGAUAGUGACUAAGAAUACUUUUUAAAGUUGUUGGUGACAAAAACUAGAGUUAAACAAGGUUCAGGCUAGUAUAUUGUGUUCCCCAGGAUUCUUUAAUAUCAUGAUCUUAAAGAUACAUGUGGAGCAGUUCCCCACCACCACCCUUUUUUUCUUUUGUGUUAGAUUCUGGAUACUCACGCUAGUGUAAAGUCAGUAUAAGCCAUGAUAAUUGCUUUCUGGUAUCCAAGUUUGUAUGAUGAAUCAAAGGAGGUGAGAAAGUCUAUCUUUUUCUGUUUGUGUGUUUUUAAGGACUAACUGUGGCAGAAAUAUAUACAGUGAAUAUGAAGUUAACUGAGAAUAAAUGCGAGCUUGCAAAUGUAGGGACAAUUAGAAUUUCUAGGAGCUUUGUUUUGCCCAGAGAUAGCUCUGGAUAAUAGAUUGUUAUGACUGCAGGGGACCUGCUUGGAAGCAGUGUACACUUUGAGGGUUAACCUUGGGCGUCUCCACUUGAGAAUAUGUGUUGGUACUUUGUUGCAAACCCUUUAGUUAACUUUGCUGUUCUGCUGUUCUGAAAGUUUGUUAGUAUUAAUUGCAAGGGGACAAUGAUGACUACGUAUUUUUCUUGAAGAGUCAAUGUACCUGGGCUUUGAACACUGCAUAAAGCAUAUAGGGAACACAAAGGACUGCCCUCUUCUGAAGUAUGUUUUAUUAUUGUUAUGCUUGAAAUGCUUUUUUUAGUCAAUUACAAGAAGAAGUCAUCCUGAACACACACUUAUAUUUAAAUGGAAAAAAGUCUGAAUACAGGAUUAAUUGAAUUUUGAAGUAUCUUCUCUUCAGGCAAUAAAUAUUAAUUAUUUAAUGUAAGUUAUGUUAGACAUUCAGAGUAAAUGUGGCAGUACCUAAUGCUAAUUUAAAGAAAAAUGUAAAUAAGUGUCUGGGAAGGGAGUGGAGUUAGAAAAUACUGAGGUAUGGUUCUGAAAUCCAGAUUCCUAUAGCUGUGUCUGUAUUUGCUGGCAUUAAUAAUGUGUCAAGGCUAUUGAAACCCUGGACAAGAAUGAACAAUAGACCUUUCUUUGUAAAUGAAACUUGGCAAUAAAAAUGGUGUUACUGAGAA